AUGGAAGACGUGACGAAGACCACCGUCCUCACACAGAGCCCUAUCAAAACUGAAUGGAAUUCCCGCUGUGUCCUUUUCACCUAUUUCCAAGGGGACAUUAGCAGUGUGGUGGAUGAACACUUCUCCAGAGCUCUGGGCAAUGUCAAGAGCCCCCAGGGACAGAACCCUUCCAGCCCAAGCGGAGAUGUGCUGCUGAGGAAUGACAGUGACAUGCCUCCAAAUCAGUGGCGUUUCUCUGCUCCUUGGACAAAGCCACAGCCAGAAGUAUCUUUUGCAAAUGGCGCCGCCAGCUGCAACUUGAAUGGAUCUGGUCUCAUGCCUAUGGAUCAGUACCCACUGUCCCUGACCGGGGGCCCCUCCAUUCAGCCUGGUGAGCUGUGGCAUUUCUCCUCCCUCGCCAGCCCCAGCUUCCCAGAGCCUGGCUACCCUCAUGCUUUUUCCACUGGGCACUUGGUUCCGGAGCCCCAGCCUGAGGGGAAGUAUGAGCCCCUCCUAAGUCUCCUCCAGCCAGAGAGAUGCCUAACCCAUCCUCAGGAAUCUGCCUCGUGGGAGGAUGGCAACUCUGCCCAGAUGGCCGGAAGCACAGGAUUUCUCUUCAACCUGCCUCCCAGCUCAGCCCACUUUAAGAAAAUCUAUUUCCCCCCUGAUGGUGGACCUGCCGGUGCCAGCUUUGCAGUUGAAAGAAGCCCGUCUCCAGAGAGAAGAAGAGAUCUGUUCUUUUACUGA